AUGGCGGAGCUGAAACCGCUGGCCGAAGAGCUGUCGUGCGCUAUCUGCUUGGAACCCUUCAAAGUGCCGGUGACCACGCCAUGUGGCCAUAAUUUCUGCUCGCUGUGCCUGGACGAGACGUGGGCGGUGCAGGGCGCUCCUUACCGGUGCCCGCAGUGCCGCGCCGUCUACCAGACGCGGCCGCAGUUGCAGAAGAACACUGUGCUGUGCGCGGUGGUCGAGCAGUUCCUGCACACUGAGCUGGCCCGGGCGGCCGCCGACGGCUGCACGCUGCCCACCCGCGCUGAGGCCCUCGUGUCCGCCGGGCAGGUGGCCUGCGAUCACUGCCUCAAGGAGACGGCCGCCAAGACGUGCCUGGUGUGCAUGGCCUCCUUCUGCCAGGAGCACCUGCGGCCGCACCUCGACAGCCCGAUCUUCCGGGACCACCCGCUGCAGCCGCCCAUCCGCGACCUGCUGCGCCGCAAGUGCCCCCAGCACAACCGCCUGCGGGACUUCUUCUGCCCAGAGCACAGCGAGUGCAUCUGCCACAUCUGCCUGGUGGAGCACAAGGCCUGCUCGCCGACGCCACUGAGCCAGGCCAGCGCUGACCUGGAGGUAGGGCUGAGGCAAAAACUGGCCAUCAUGUACAGUCAGAUCAAUGGUGCGUCAAAGGCGCUGGAGGACGUGCGAGUCAGGCAACAAGACCUGCGGGAGGCAGCCAACAGGAAGAUUGAUGUAAUCAGACAAGAGUACUUGGAAAUGAAGGCUCUCAUCGAUGCCUCGGAAGCCAGCUCUACACGGAAGAUAAAGGAAGAGGAGAAGAGGGUCAACAACAAAUUUGAAAACAUCUUUCAGAUCCUUCUAAAGAAGAAGAGUGAAAUCCAGACACUGAAGGAGGAAAUUGAAGCCCAGCUGACCAAGGGAGAUGAGUUUGAGUUUCUCGAGAAAGCCUCAAAGUUGCAAGCAAUCUCAACAAAGCCGGUCUACGUGCCCAAGGUCGAGCUGAAUCACGAGCUGAUCAAUGGGGUCCGUCAGAGCACAAUAGACCUCAAGAACGAGCUGAAGCGGCACAUCAGGCAGUCCCAGGAGAGGAAGCCCGAGGACUCCCCCAGCUCAGGUGAUCCUGGAGAACAUGGCCCAUCCACCAUGUACAAGUUGCCACGCCCAGUGAAGAAGGUCCCAAAAGAUGAAAAGAAAUCCAAGAAAUCCACCAUUGUCUUCUCUGCCUCAUCGAGCAAGGUUCCCAACUUCAAAGCAUCGGAACAAGCUGACCUGGAGGCCAAAGCUGCUCCCGCACAGUCGAACACAGCUCUCAAGUUCAACGUGCUGGAGGCGUUCUUGGCCAAGUCCAGACCUGAGCUCCUGGAAUAUGCUGCAAAAGUUGUCCUGGACUUCAACACGGCCCACAUCAAGGUGGCGCUGUCGGAACACUACACUGUAGCGUCUGUGGCCGACACCCCCCAGAACUACCGGCCCCAUCCCCAGCGAUUCACCUACUGCUCUCAGGUGCUGGGCCUGAACUGCUACAAGAGAGGAGUCCACUACUGGGAGGUGGAGCUGCAGAAGAACAACUUCUGUGGGGUGGGCGUCUGCUACGGCACCAUGGAGCGCCAGGGCCCUGAGAGCCGGCUGGGCCGCAACAGCACCUCCUGGUGCGUGGAGUGGUUCAACACCAAGAUCUCAGCCUGGCACAACAACGUGGAGAAAACCCUGCCCUCCACCAAGGCCACUCGGGUCGGGGUGCUUCUCAACUGUGACUCGGGCUUCGUCAUCUUCUUCGCUGUCUCUGACAAGGUCCAUCUGCUAUAUAAGUACAAGGUGGACUUCACCGAAGCACUGUAUCCGGCCUUCUGGGUGUUCUCGGCUGGUGGCACGCUCUCCAUCUGCUCCCUCAAGUAG